UUCCCCUCUGGUGUUUAUAAACAUGGAGAUAGCACUUGAAAAUAAGCUAAGAACAUAAAAUUAUCAGUGAAUUAGCCCAAAUAAGAUCAAUCAAAAGCAAUAAGAUCAAGAUCAAGAAUGUCAGGAUCUGGUUCCCCUUGUGGUGCCUGCAAAUUCUUAAGAAGAAAAUGUGCUAAGGGUUGUGUAUUUGCACCUUAUUUCUGUCAUGAACAAGGUGUUUCACAUUUUGCAGCCAUCCAUAAGGUUUUUGGUGCAAGCAAUGUGUCGAAACUCCUUGCUCACCUUCCAGUGACCGAUCGGUGUGAAGCGGCCAUCACGAUUGCUUAUGAAGCUCAGGCUAGGCUUCAAGAUCCUAUUUAUGGCUGUGUUUCUCAUAUCUUUGCCCUCCAACAACAGGUAGUCAAUCUCCAAGCCCAAUUAGCUUCUCUUAAGGAACAAGCAUCUCAGUCCUUAAAUGGCUCCAACAAUGGAAACCCUAAUGAUAAAUUUUACGAUGAAAGCCAUUCUUUCCGACAAGACGUUCUAAGCUGGUUUCAAUCCUGCCAAAAUCAAGACACGAUGCCCACAUAUUGCACAAACAUAGACAAUAGUUUGACAGACAUAUUGUAUCCUCAAAGAGGCACAAUGAACCCUAUUGUGAAGUGUGAAAGUCCUGUUUUUCCACAAGAAAACAUUUCAUAUGGUAGUAUGGAUUCACUCGAAAUGCAAUCAAAUAACAGGCAAUGGGCAUAUCCAAAUGAUUUUGAUGACUUUCAAUCUGUGGCCUUCAGAUAUGUUCAGCAUUCAUGAAGAAUUAGGGUUCGAGUUAUAAUUACAAACACAUAGAUUUAUAUUGUGUGUGAAAAUUACUCUGUCAAAUUUUGAAUUACUACUGCGGACUUUCAUGAUAUGCAUUUGGAAACCUUAGAAAAUUUCUGCUGUCAGAAACUUGUUAUCCACUAUGAUUGUUUUCUCAGAUUUUGUAUUAACAUUGGAUAUUAUAAGUAGAA